AGUGCGCAUGCGCCGCCGCGUGCCCGGCCGGCGCAGGCUGAUUUGCGCCUGCGCACAGCAGGAAGGGCUGGGGAUGCGUUGUGGUGUGGCUGGGAGCGCGAAGCUUGUUCCUGUGGGCGGUCAAUGCGGGCUUGGGCGCAAAGGUGUGGGACAGGGUAGGGCUCGUGGAGUCCGUAGUGCGGGGCGUCUCUGAGAACCUCGUACGUGCUUCUUUUGCAGUUGGGUGUCCCUUAGGCCAGCAUGUCACCCUAUGGCUGGGGUCUUUGCUGUCUUGGUGUAAGUGUCCCUGCGCUGAGGAGGGGGCUCCAGCCUUGACAUGGGACUCUCCCCACCGCGAGUGGCAGGGCAGGCUCAGCCUUUUGGCACAGCCAAGGGAACCACAGCUCUCCACCUCAAGCCACCAGUUGUCUCUACCUCAGGCACUGUCUCCUCACAAAAGGGGAAAAACUGUACCCAAGGUGCACACUGGGAAAAGUGCAGGCUGAACAGUGUUGUCUUGGUUGUGAGGGAAGACAAAAGAAGUGAAAAUCAAGAAACUUGACUGGAAGAAAUGGCGGAUAGAUUGUGAUGGUGACAAGGAGCAGCCUCAGCCAUAGCUGCAGUCACACAGGCUAGAGCAAGAUUAGGGGGGGCUACGGCAAUUGCUUUUCCAAUAUAACUGUUAGGACUGAGAGAAUGAGCUGUGGAAGCUGUACCGGUGGCAGCUCCCAGCCCACCGCAUGCCAGUGAUGUGGCGGUGGUUCCUCCAGCGCCGUCCGCAGUGAACCGCUCUGUCCUGCGCGCCGAGGCCUCGCAGCUGCGCUCAGUGCCGCACAUGGAAUACACGCACCUGCAUGCUCCUGCUCGAUCACACCUUUGAUUUGUGCAGCAGAAACACGUUAGUUUUCUUGUCUGGUUCCUCCUUGCAACGACAGAUGAGAAUGCGCAAUUUUCUCUUCGCCUUGUGUGACUCCAAUCUGUAUUGAGACAAGAUACACUCUUGGGCUAAGAGAUGCAGCCAUGUUCGAACUGAUGCUGUAAGUGAUUAAACUGUGACUUAAUGUUCAUCAUCUCUGGUGGAGGAAUCCCAAGAGGUGAUCACCAAAUAUGGAGGCUCGCUCAUGAAGAUGUAGGUGGCAAUGGUAUGGAUUCUGUAACAAAGAAAACGAGGCAAGAAGGAUCAGAAGUUACUGAAAGACUUAUUACAGAGACUGUGACUACAAGACUGACAUCCUUACCGCCCAAAGGAGGGAGCAGCAGUGGGCUUAAAACUUCAUCCCACACUGGAGGGAGCGGAGUGGAAAAAAGAUCUUACACCCAUGGGAGCAGCUAUGCAACCUCAAGUGGAAGUGGUAGGUUGAAUUCGUCAUCAUCAUCUUCUGGCUACAGACAAACCCAGUCUCCCAGCUCUACUCUUACCAAAUCACCUGGCUCAACAUUUGAAAGAAAAACCUACAUCAGCCGCCAUGCAACAUAUGAAGGGAGCUCCAGUGCCAACUCUUCUCCUGAGUUCCCCAGAAAAGAGUUUGCAUCUGCUGCUACGAGAGGGAGAAGCCAAAGUCGAGAGAGUGAAAUACGAGUCCGACUGCAGAGUGCAUCUCCCUCUGGCAGAUGGACAGAGUUGGAUGAUGUGAAACGUUUGCUGAAAGGAAGUCGAUCAGCCAGCUGCAGCCCUACUCGAUCACCAUCAAGUACCCUCCCGAUACCGAAAAAGGCCGUGGUGGAGACAAAGCUGGUUACUGAGAGCUCUCAGUCAGUGUCAGGAACAUAUGAUACAACCAUACUGAAUACCGCCCUCCCUUCCUACAUGUGGUCCUCCACUCUGCCUGCUGGAUCUUCCCUUGGUGGAUACCACAACAGCUCUUCCUUGAUCAAUACCAUGUCUCACUCUACAGGAUCAGUUUUUGGUGUUCCAAAUAACCUGGCUCCCAGCAAUCAUACUCUGAACGCAGGCCUGAGCACCUCCUCUACAGUGUUUGGAGUUCAAAACAACCUGUCUCCAAGCUCUUCAACUGUGACCCAGAAUGCUACUGCAGCCUCUGCAGCAUAUGGGCUGAAGAACACUUCUCAGAGCAACACCACGACAAGUACGAGUGUUUCUGCUUCAGCAGGUGGAACUGUUCUGAGCUCUCAGGGAGAUGACAUUCUGCGCAAAGACUGUAAGUUCCUGCUGCUGGAGAAGGAGAAUGCCCCAGCAAAGAAGGAGAUGGAGCUCUUGAUCAUGACAAAGGACAGUGGCAAAGUCUUUAGUGCCUCUACCACUGGGCUUAAUGGAGGAUCCUUUGCAGAAGACACCUUGAAGAAAGAGAAGCAAGGAUUUUCCUCCUCUUAUGCUACAGAUACUGGCCUAAAAUCAGAUGCAAAUGGAGGACUGAAAUCUGUGCCAACAAGGGACAAAGCAACUUAUGCAGAAAUACGAAAUGGUGAUGCAGGGGGUGUAAUCGGAUCAGCACCAUCCUGGUGUCCCUGUCGUUCCUGCUGUAGCUGGUGGAAAUGGCUCCUGGGUUUACUUCUGACCUGGUUGUUUCUCCUUGGAUUGCUUUUUGGACUCAUUGCUCUGGCGGAAGAAGUGAGAAAGCUGAAAUCUCGUGUGGAAAACCUGGAAAAAAUUAAUGGCGGCCUCCUGACAAUUAACCAAGAGAAUGGAAAAGUAGAAAAGGCUAUUUCAAGAGUCGACUUUCUUCAUGGUAUUUCACCAUCCUCAGCCUUUCUUUCUGAAAAUGAAGAUUCAGUCUGGUUGAUGGUGAAGAACAGACUGAACAAAGAAAUAGAACGAGGUUACUUCCGAGGGGAGAGAGGAGAACCUGGUGAGAAAGGUGACAUGGGAAUACAAGGUCCAAGAGGGGAGCGAGGACUUCCUGGUCUCCCAGGCAUUCCUGGUCCAAUUGGGCACCAAGGGCCAGAAGGACCAAAAGGACAGAAAGGCAGCAUGGGUGAUCCUGGUGUGGAAGGUCCCAUGGGACAAAGAGGUCGAGAAGGGCUACCAGGACCUCGAGGGGAGCCUGGGCCACCUGGAUUUGGAGAAAAAGGAGACAGAGGUGGUGUUGGUGAGCCAGGUCCUCCAGGGCCACCUGGUCCCCCAGGUUCUGCCGGCCUAAAAGGUCAAAUGGGUUCUCCAGGCCCACAAGGUCCUCCAGGUCCUCCUGGCCUACAGGGAUUUAGAGGAGAAGCAGGUCUGCCUGGUGCUAAAGGUGAGAAAGGAGCCAUUGGAGCCCCUGGACCCAAAGGUGAUCAGGGUGAGAAGGGAUCUCGUGGAAUGACAGGUGAACAAGGCUCAAGAGGAAUACCUGGUCCUCCAGGAGAGCCAGGGGCUAAAGGACCCGUAGGACCAGCUGGUCGUGAUGGACAGCCAGGUGAAAAAGGUGAACCAGGACUUAUGGGAAUGCCAGGAGCCCGAGGACCUCCAGGACCCUCUGGAGAUGCAGGAGAACCAGGUCUCACAGGACCCCAAGGACCACCAGGACUUCCAGGCAACCCAGGCCGACCAGGGGCUAAAGGAGAACCUGGAGCUCCAGGAAAAGUCAUAAGUUCUGAGGGUUUGUCAACUAUUGCUCUGCCAGGCCCACCAGGUCCCGCAGGCCCAGCUGGCCCCCCUGGGCCCCCAGGUGUUCCAGGUCCUGUUGGACCAGCUGGUCUCCCUGGACAGCAAGGUCCACGGGGUGAGAAGGGAUCUCCAGGUGAAGCCGUGAUAGAAACUAUCAAAACAGAAGUCUCAUCAUUAGCAUCUCAAAUGCUGGCAGAUCUACCAGGGCGAGCAGGACCACCAGGUCCCCCUGGACCACCAGGUGAAUCUGUGCAGGGACCCCCUGGACCUCCUGGCCCCCCAGGAGAAGGAUUGCCAGGACCUCCAGGCCCACCAGGGAGACCAGGAUCUGGCAUGUCCAGCUCAGAAGCAUUCUUCACAGGCCCACCAGGUCCACCAGGCCCACCAGGCCCGAAGGGAGACCAAGGUGAACGAGGUCCACGAGGAUUCACAGGAGAACCAGGUGAACCUGGCCUUCCAGCGUUCUCCUCCCAGGGUGACAGAGUCACUAUUCAGGGACCACCAGGAGUUCCAGGCCCGCCAGGCCCACCUGGACCCAAAGGUGAUGCAGGUGUCCCAGGCGCUCCUGGCAUCCCCGGGGCAUCUCGAGGUGGAUCCAGACAAAUUCAGGGACCACCAGGACCUCCUGGGCCACCCGGUCCUCCUGGCCCAGGUGGAAGUUCAUCUCAAGAGAUUCAGCAGUAUGUUGCUGACUACCUGAAGAGUGACAGUGUAAGGCAUUAUUUGACUGGUCCCCAAGGCCCACCAGGCCCUCCAGGCCUACCUGGAGUCAUCACUACUGCAGAUGGGACAAGCUUGGAUUAUGCGGAGCUGGCUACCCGUGUCAUGAGCUAUAUGACAAGCUCUUCAGAUCGCUACCAGUCAUUUGCCAGUUCGGUAUCAACUACAUCCGUUUUGUACCAAGAACUUCUGGACAUGCUGCAGAGAGAAGAAAUUCGUCAGUAUCUAAUUGGACCUCGGGGCCCACCAGGACCUCCUGGACCAGGGGGAGAUGGCAUGUCUCUGUCACUGGAUUAUGAUGAGCUGACCAGACGGUUUAUCAGCUAUUUGACAAGUUCUGGGAUGAGCAUUGGGCUCCCUGGACCACCUGGGCCUCCAGGGACACCUGGUCUAUCUUACAGUGACCUGACAGCAUACCUGCGAAACUCUGAAUUCGGUGGUCUUGUCGGGCCCCCUGGACCUGCAGGGCCCCCAGGACCUCCAGGGAUCCCUGGAUCACCUGGCACCUCUCUGGAGGACAUCUCUGCUUACCUACAAAGUGUGGGAUACUCGUCCCUCUCUGGAGUCCAGGGUCCACCUGGCCCUCCUGGCCCUCCAGGACCACCAGGCUUCUCUGGAACCGGCCUCCUGUCCUAUGCUGACAUCACCCACAGCGACGAGUUCAGGAGCGAGCUGAUCCAGUACCUGAAAAGUGAUGAAGUUCGAAGUUACAUCUCAGGGCCACCUGGGCCCCCUGGGCCACGGGGACCACCAGGACCCAAAGGAGACAGUGGCUUAGUGGCUGGGUCUAUGUCUUCAUCAUACCAUGGGUUACGGACUUCCGAGCGGUUGCAUGGAGGAUCCCUUGGUGCUGAGGGAUCCCAUGAGGGAUCACUGGGCACUGGCAGCUCAUACGGCAGCUCCAUGAGCAGCAUGUCAUCUUACAGUGCCUCACGGAGCAGCGGUGGCUCUUAUGAUGCCUCCAUGGGCGGUGAUGGGUUGUUGACAGAGGAGGAAUCACACAGGAGAUCAGCAGGUUCAAGCAGAUCUUACGGUGACUCCUUCCAUGGAUCCCUGGAUUACACUGAGCUGGCACUCCGGGUGUCAGAGAGCCUACAGAGCCAAGGUAUUCUCCAGGACUUGAUGUCUUACACUGCACAGGGACCCGUGGGUCCCCCAGGCCCUCCUGGUCCCCCCGGCAUCAGCAGGGUUUUUGCAGCCUACGGCAAUGUCACUGAGGACCUCAUGGACUUCUUCAGAAAAUAUGGUACCAUCCAGGGGCCACCUGGUGAAAAGGGGGAGAGGGGUUAUCCUGGACCCAAAGGUGACCCCGGACCAAUGGGCCCACCAGGACGGCAGGGGCACAGGGGACCACAAGGAGAGAAAGGAGAGAAAGGUGAAAAAGUGUAUGUUGGCAGAAGAAAAAGAAGUGUUGGGGUUUAAGGAAAGAGCCAGCUCGGUUCUGUACUGGGCAGCAUUGCCAGCAGCCCGUGGAGAAUUAGCUGAAAUCUUCACUGCCUUAGUGCUGAAGUGUCCCUGCCCAUCAGCUACCACUUAGACUUAAUAGUGCAUUGUCACUGCUGAGAUUGGAAUGGCUCUGUGUCCAAUGUGGCCCUUGCAUGGGUAUUUGCUCCUGUUGCUGAUAUUUGGCUUAGCUCCCCUGAAUUCCCAGGUUCAUAUGUCUUUGGAUUGACAAGGGCUUCCUGUCUCACCCAGUCCAGGUUUGUAUUACUCCCAGCUCUGUAAAAAACAUUUAACAACUGGCCAACUAUCCAGAAAAGAAAAAACAGGAAACCAGUCCUUUCCCACCCAGAAGACAAAUGGCCUUGUCAGAAACCCUGGGACUGAGCUUGCUCACUGCGCUGGGAUUCCCGUUCUGUGCACUCGCUGUGCCGGCUGCAGGCAGGAGGCCCUGCUGAAGCACGUGCUGGUGCUUCUGAGUGGGGCUGUGGCUUUGGGGGGGGGUCCCCUGUGCAGGUGCAGCACAUGCAGGUGCUUCGCAGGGAGCCUGGGUCGCCUGUUGAUAGCAGCACAGUGAGAUGUGUCAUGCGCAGGGACUGAACUGAAGCACUUUUAAGUGUAGUUUGUUGAUCUUUUAAAAAUAUUUUUGUAAUUUUUUUCUGGUUUUUAAACUUUGGGGAAAAAAAUGUUUAAUGUAAACAGCCCCAUUAAAGUGUGUUUUUCACCCCAA